AUGAUCACACAGGGUCACGGUAAUUAUCCAGUGCAUGUGUCUAGACGUCGAGGGCACCACCUGUCAGUCAGCCGCUGUAUCGCCUCCACCUGUCAGUCAGCCGCUGUAUCGCCUCCACCUGUCAGUCAGCCGCUGUAUCGCCUCCACCUGUCAGUCAGCCGCUGUAUCGCCUCCACCUGUCAGUCAGCGUACCAGUCAGUCAGCCGCUGUAUCGCCUCCACCUGUCAGUCAGCCGCUGUAUCGCCUCCACCUGUCAGUCAGCCGCUGUAUCGCCCCUCCACUGUCAGUCAGCCGCUGUAUCGCCUCCACCUGUCAGUCAGCCGCUGUAUCGCCUCCACCUGUCAGUCAGCCGCUGUAUCGCCUCCACCUGUCAGUCAGCCGCUGUAUCGCCUCCACCUGUCAGUCAGCCGCUGUAUCGCCUCCACCUGUCAGUCAGCCGCUGUAUCGCCUCCACCUGUCAGUCAGCCGCUGUAUCGCCUCCACCUGUCAGUCAGCCGCUGUAUCGCCUCCACCUGUCAGUCAGCCGCUGUAUCGCCUCCACCUGUCAGUCAGCCGCUGUAUCGCCUCCACCUGUCAGUCAGCCGCUGUAUCGCCUCCACCUGUCAGUCAGCCGCUGUAUCGCCUCCACCUGUCAGUCAGCCGCUGUAUCGCCUCCACCUGUGA